AUGGGAAAUAAACCAUGGGAGUCGAAUUCAACCACAUUUUCUUCACAGAUAACGGAAAUAUGCCAUCAAAAGUUUAAAACUAUUGGCAAGAAUGGUAAACCAUUGGCUUUUCAAAAUAAUUUAGAGUGGACUGUACUUGCAGGUAUAGUUGCUUGUCAUUUGACAGGUAAUUAUUACAUCUUAUUUUUAAGUAGUGGGCUAAAAUGUCUUCCACAAAGUAAACUUUCCAAGACUGGUGAUUUAAUUCAUGAUAGCCAUGCUGAAACUUUUAUCAUAAAUGAAAUGAAACUAUUGUUAAACUCAGAAUCAAUAUAUCUUUGCUUGAAUGAUACGAAUUAUCCACCAUUUAGAUUAAGAAAUAAUAUUACUUUUCAUAUGUACAUAAGCCAAGCACCUUGUGGAGAUGCGUCAACAACAAGUAUAGCUUUGAAUCAGUCGUCAGAAGAUGCUGAGUUAUACAUUAAUUCAUAUAACAACAAUAUUGAUUCUCAAAAUUAUGAUAUAAUGAAAAGAAACCAGACCUCUGAAUGUAAUGGUAAAGUUGAAGUUUCUAAGAUGAAAGAUGGAUUUCGGCGGGGCAGAGUUGAUUAUGGAUCUUUUGGGGUCUUGAGAACAAAACCAGGAAGAGUUGAUUCUGAACCAACUUUAUCAAUGUCUUGUAGUGAUAAAAUUGCUCAAUGGAAUGUUGUAGGAUUACAAUCAGCCUUGUUAUCUGAAUUAAUAUUACCAAUUUAUUUAUCAUCUAUUAUUGUGGGUGAUAUGUUUUGUCUGGAAGACUUGAACAGAGCUUUAUAUGAAAGAAUACAGGGUUUAACAAACCUCCCUCAUGGGUAUUUCUUACACCAGCCUGCCAUAAUUCCUUCUUUAGUGAAAUUUGAAAGAUCAAGAGGUUAUCUAUCUGAACGUUUGCUAGAUAAAGAUUUGAUUCCAUCAAAUAUAGCGACAAUUUGGAUAAAAAAUUCCGAGUCAGCAGAGGUACUUGUGUCUGGAAGAAAGCAAGGAGCAAUUAAAUCCAAAAAAACUGGCCUCUAUUUGUCUAAAACUAGUUCAGUAACAAAAUUAAGUUUAUUUCAAAAUCUUGAAAGUUUAUUGAUCCAAAUUCCUAAUUCAUUAGUACCACAAAACUUGACUCAAUUUAUAGAGCAAGAUUUACGAAAAACGUUUACAUAUAAGAUGUUAAAAUCCAAAAGUAAAAAUUAUCAAAUUGCUAAACAAGUAUUGAGAUCACAAAAAUUUCACGAAUGGAUAAAAUGUCCAAGUGAGAUUUAUGAAAAUUUUAAUCUAAAUGGCGAAUUAAUUGAGCAAAGAAUGCGAACUGAAUUUUGA